AUGUUCGCCGUCCCGGGAUGGUCCGUUUCGAAUACGGAAUUGAAGCUACAAACGGAAUACGCAGCCAAACCAGUACUCACACCUGCCCAGCCGCAAACUUCUACAGAGCCGAAUGCCGAAUCGAAGAAGCGAAAAAGAAAGCAGGGAAAGAGUCUCAAUGGCCAGGAGGUCACCAAGGCGAAUGUGGAUGAAAUGUGGAGGAGGGUAAUUGAAGGGGAAGCACCAAGUUCAAGCGAAAAGAGCCGCGCACAGAUGAAGGCACUGAAAAAAAGGAGACAGUUAGAAAAACCGGCAGAGGACGGAGCAGUUGAGGGAUUGAAGGAUAAGGGCCCUGACAGGGUCAAAUCGAAAGAUGACUCUACCUCCACACUUGUGAUGAAAGGAAAUUCAAGUGGCCCGUCCAAGAAAAACAAGAAGCAGAAGCGCAAAGCAGAUAGUAAUGCUCGACAGAUGAAUGGUGCGGCUUCACAAGCUCCAGUGGAAGUCGACCCCUUACCUCCUGCUCCCCCGACAUCCACGUCCCUCACACCUCUCCAGAAAUCCAUGCGCCACAAGCUCCUCUCUGCCCGAUUCCGUCACCUCAACCAAACCCUCUACACCACGCCGUCCAGCCAAGCCAUGGAGCUCUUCACCUCCAACCCAGAGCUCUUUGCAGAAUACCACGCAGGAUUUACUCGACAGGUUCAAGAGUCCUGGCCCUCCAACCCCGUCGAUGGCUACAUCAGCACCGUGACGACCCGUAGCGACGUCCGCCUACCUAAUAAAAAGGGCCCUCACAAUAGAAAGCUAGAUAAAAAUGCGUGGAGAGCUGCUGCUCUUGGGCCCUUACCGCGACGGCCCAACGGGUUCUGUACGAUAGCAGACAUGGGCUGUGGCGAUGCGAAAUUUGCACGGGUCCUAACGCCGUCAGCCAAGGCUCUGAAGCUCAAGUUGCUCAGCUUUGAUCUCCAUGUGGCCGACCCGUUGAUUACGAAAGCGGAUAUUGCGGCGCUGCCGGUUGGAGAUGGGACGGUCGAUGUGGCUAUUUUCUGCCUUAGCUUGAUGGGGACGAAUUGGGUGUCAUUUGUUGAGGAAGCGUGGCGGGUGCUGAGGGCGGAUGGAAAGGUAAAGUAA